AUGCCUCCCCCACGCGAAGAAGAUGACGAGGAACGACCUCUCCUGCGCCCCGACGGAGACGUCGACAGCGCCAGCCAACACAGCCAUGAGACCUACCAGAUCCAAUUCGGCGCGGACGACGAGGAGAACCCGAAAGCCUGGAACGGCCGCAAGAAGAUUCUCAACGUGGGCAUCAUCUCGCUGAUGGCCAUCCUGAGCCCCUUGGCCUCGUCCAUGUUCACGCCCGGCAUCAGCCAGAUCGCCGAGGACUUGGACACGAACGAGCAGAGCGUCAUCGCCACGACGACCGGCUUCGUGAUCACCCUCGGACUGGGGCCCUUGAUCUGGGCGCCGUUGUCCGAGGACUUUGGGCGCCGGGCGUUGUACAUCUGCUGUUUCGCCGUAUUCACGGUCCUCCAGGCCGCCUCGGCGCUGAGUCCCAAUAUCCAGACGCUGAUUGGGAUGAGGACGGUUUCGGGCUUCUUCGGUAGUGUCGGGAUAGCCAAUGGAGGUGGAACCAUUUCUGACAUGUACCACCCCUCUCAACGGGCCGGCAUUUUUGGAUGGUACUUGCUUGGACCUCUUCUAGGGCCCACACUUGGACCUCUGUUCGGGGGCGUCAUUGUCAGUCGUUUGGGAUGGAGGUGGAUAUACUGGAUUCUCACAAUUGUCUGCGCCAUAAAUACAGCAAUUGGUUACUUCUUCCUCAAGGAGACUUAUGCGCCGGUCCUCCUGGGUCGCCGCAAAGCCGAGCUCGCCCAACGAGAUUUCCAAGGACGGGGGAACAACAAGACGAGAUAUUACUUCGAUGGCCAAGACGACAGACCACUCUCCAAAAAGCUCAUGGCCAGCAUGAAACGGCCGUUCGUUAUUUUCGUGCAGCCAAUGGUGCUGACCAUGAGCAUGUAUCAAGCCCUGAUCUUUGGCACCACGUACAGUAUCUACACCAACAUGCAGAGUAUCUACUCUGAACCGCCCUACAACUUCAGCUCGGAGCAAAUUGGCCUGUUAUAUCUUGGUCCAGGACUGGGAUUCCUGACCUCGGUCCGAUUCCUGGUACCACGCAUCGAUACGGUCUUCAACAGACUGACGGAGAAGAAUGGCGGAAAGGCGCUUCCCGAAUACCGCUUACCGCUCGCCAACGUGGGCAGCAUCCUGAUCCCAGUGAGUCUCUUCUGGUUUGCCUGGACCGUCCAGUACCGCGUCCAUUGGCUUGCGAGCAUUGCGGCGACAUAUUUCUAUGGAGUGGGUCAAGUGGUGGUCUUCAACACCGUCCAGAACUAUUACAUCGACUCGUUCUCGACGUACGCCGCCUCGGCCAUUGCAGGGGGAUCUGUAUUCCGCAGUCUGGUCGGCGGUGGGGUACCCCUGGUCGCGCCGCUCUUGUUUGAAAAGCUGGGCUACGGCUGGGGGAUCAGCUGCUUCGGAUUUCUUGCGGUCUUGAUAGCGCCGAGUCCGUUAUUGUUUUAUUAUUUCGGCGGGCGGGUAAGGGAAAAGUUUCAGAUCACCUUUUGA